ACCGGCUCCAAUACAAACCAAUGGGUGACAUUACAUCUUGCUAUAUCUUUAUUAACAGUCUAUGGUUCAACCUGUUUAUCUUGGUUAAAUCUUGGUUAAAUAUGAAACAAGAGUCUAGAGCUGUACUAGAGGCUAAAUGUUAAUGCCAGCACACUUAUAUGCUCACCAUCACAACGAGGUACAUGACUUCAGUAAAAAAUUAGAAGUGUGUAGAAUACAUUUUCCGUUACAAAUACACUGGGACUCCUUAUUUCGAAUGCAUAUUUUAUGUUUCAUCCUCUGAAUCUCUUUAGCUGUAACUUGCUCUUUGAGUUGCUCUUGAAUUAUUGAAUAAUGUCAUCCAUCUCUAAUGGAAGUCCAAUCUGUAAUUAUUCUGACCACAUAUUCGAAGUAUUUUCAUCACAUAUAUAUUUCAAGAAAUUGUACCACAUAUGUAAAUUCUGCCUUUUGUGUCUUUCACAAGUGAAAUUACUGGUGUAAACAAACCUCUUAGAGCAUUAGAGAGAACAGUAGAGACUUGGAUUUGCUUGUUAUCCAGUGUUAUCCAAUCCAAUCAAGCAAAUUUACAGUAAUACCAGGUUUUGAGCUUGUGUUUUGGCUUUUAACAGUAGAGCCCAGCAUCACAGGUUGUGCCUUUAACUUCUUUAAAGAUGAAGACAAUUUGUAAAUUCACAGUGAGGACCAAUAUGUUCAAUCUGUAAAAGUAUCACUACUAACAAGAUCAUUUUAUGGACAUUUAAACGUUGCAGUAAACAAGAAGACUUAAUUAAAUUCUGUGGACUUCACUGACUUUUACCAGAAUUUACAAGUAGUCACAUAAGCCCCCUGACAGAGAAUGACGGGGCGAUGUACCCUCUUCCUCAGAUUUACCAGAAACAUCAAUACAGUGAUACAUCAGUGCAAAGCUGGACGGAUAAAUAAUGCUUUGGUAGGGAGCCAUUUGGAAGCAAAACAACGAAGCAGGGAGGGGGUUGAGGGUGCUUGAACACUGGGCUAAGGCUCCUGCACUGAUCAACGCUGCAUGGUGCAGACAGCAGAGGAGAAAGAGGAGUAGGAGGAGGAGGAGGAGGAGGAGGAGGAGAGGAAGGAGGAGCGAGCAGGGGAACAGACAGGCUGAGGCUCGCAGCCCUCAGUCUCUCUUCUGUGCUUCACAAAGCAGCUUCUCUCUUCUGUUCUUCCUCUCACUCUCGUACGCACACCGGCUCUCCUACUCUUCUUGCCUGAGCUGACGAGAGCAAACGCAGCGGCAGAGGGGCUCACUCGCUCCAACUCCUCUCGUACCAUGUUGCCCUGGAGAAGGAAUAAGUUUGUUCUGGUGGAGGACGAGGCCAAGAGUAAACCCAAGAGCCUGGGGACGGGGCUGACCUACCAAUCCAUUCUCUCCUCCCUGCUGCGCUCCUGUCCUGACUUGCUGCCCGACUGCCCCUUCGACUGGGUGGGCAGCAUCUUUCAUACCAAACGGCAGAAGGUGGAACUGAACAAAGAGGAGCCUGUUUACAACGUGCGCUACCUGGGAAGUGUGGUCACCAUCACGGCUAAGGGAGACGGCUGCACCCAGGAGGCAGUGGCCAAGAUCUGGGCGAGGAGCAACUAUGGGGAAGAGAGUGUCAAGAUGAGGUUAACAGUGGGACCACAAGGGAUCCGGAUGAGUGCUGACAAAUCCGGGAAAAAGAAACCCAUUCAUCUUUACUCUCUGAACAGAAUCACCUACUGCAGUGCUGACCCGUGCCGGCCCAAAAUACUGGCCUGGAUCUACAGACACCAGGUCAAGAACAUGGCGGUGGUGCUCCGGUGUCAUGCCGUCCUAGUUAGCAAAUCGGAAAAGGCCCAGGCCAUCGCCCACAGCCUCUACCAGAACGCAACCUCUGCCUUCAGCGAGUUCAAACGGCUGAAGCGUCAGAGUGACUUCCGGCACUGCCAGCAGCAGCUGCUGGGUGAGGAAGCGGUGCCCCUGAUGCCCCUGAGGAGGCUGCUGAACGGGCAGUGCCACUAUAGACCGCCUGCCGACAACACUGGGUGUGCAACCCGCCUCUGCUCUAUCACAGAGGAAGAGGAGGAGGAUGAUGAGGACAGCAAAGAUGAGAAGGCAGCGGGAGAGGAGGAGGAGGAGGAGGAGGAUGUGGAGGAGCAGCAUGAAAAACAGAAGGUUUUAACAACAAACACUGACCCAACUCAGUUAUUAUCAGAGUUGGACCUCGGGGAUAUUGCCAGACUGGAGCAGUGCCAAAUCAACUUCGUCAGUGACAGCAACAACAACACAUUUACGUUUAUAACCUCUCUGGUGUGACUAUUACGCAGUUAAAAGAAUGCGACUCUGCAAAAACACUACAGUAAAACAUUCCUCUCUUUGCCCUUCACUGGUACCCCACUCAGGCUCCCUCCUUCCCCGUCCAUGUAAUGUGAAGUGUUUACCAGAAACUUCUCCCACUGCCGGGUGGUAGAGAGAAGACAGACGAUCGUUGUGUGGGAGUAAAUUUCUAUUCUGGCCAGAUGGCUCAGAUGCUGGUUUGCCAGAUUGACUGUAGCAGUUUGGAAAACUGUGCACGUGUUUACAAAGAGGGCUGGUUAUGCACAGACUAACGAUAGCACAAUGACGAACGAGGACAAUGGUUUCAGAAAACACCAGAGCGCUGACGCUGAGAUCACUGACAUGCAGGUCACAUAUUGAUCACAGCACCAACUAGGAUGUGUUUAUUAGUCCUCUAUGUCUUAUUUUUGUGAGUAUUAUUAAUGCAGUGUUUGCCAGCAGGGACAUUUUUCGGAUUGACUUGUAAUAUUUUUUUAAGGGAGGCUCUUUGUAAAUUUGUGUAAUUUUUCUAAUAUGACAAUCCUCACUAAUGUUGUUCACAGACUGACCUUUCUGAAUGCUUACAAUCGCGAAGAAGUUUAUUACUGUUUUACUAAUGAUCACGGCCGACUAAUGAAUAAGGCUAUAAUUUAGGAAGCAAGCCAUUGAGUUGACAUGUUUAUUGCUGCCAUUUGUUACAGUCCUUAUCAUUUAUGCAUGACAUGUCAGCAGUAACCUUUCAUGCUGAGCUUUUGUCUUUUUUUUCAUGUGACAUCUUUGAUCCUUCAGCUUUUAAAAUGAACACUGUGAUAAAUGUGUGACCAGGGACAAAUACACAGCUGUUCAUGCAGCAAUGUCUGAUUUAUGUAAUGCAUUUUUUUGUUAUCUGGUUUUCCAGAACAAAAAAAAAAACAACCUGAUCUCAAUUUCCCAUAGCUGUGCUCUGUUUCUUUUUCUUUUUUUUUUAGCAAAGUUUUGCAAAUGCUUUUCCACAUCAGCCUGUGCAAAAACACAGAUGGACCCUCACAAUUUAACACAAAAUGACUCAAGCUAAUUUUCUGUUGAUGAUAUCUGUGCCGAUGUCUAAAGAUACAUUGUGAUUAUUAUUGGAUGAAGCGAUUUAAAUAUUUAUUUUCAAAAUAUGAUGAAUAAA